AUGGCGGGACGUAGCAGAAAGUUCAAUCCUGUCGGUACUGUGCCACACUGGUUACGGCUGGCGGGCUUCCUCUUCAUCUUCAGCACUUUUGUGAAAUCGUCCUCGUCGCCAUCCGUCUACUUCUCCGGCCUCCCAUACAAAGUGUACGGUGGCCACGAAGGCUCCCUCACUGAAAAACGCAAGCAGCGGCGUAUCCGGACUACAUUCACCUCAGCCCAACUCAAAGAGUUAGAAAGAGCCUUCCAGGAGACACACUAUCCCGAUAUCUAUACGAGAGAAGAGAUAGCUAUGAAGAUUGAUCUUACUGAAGCUAGAGUACAGGUAUGGUUUCAAAACCGGCGAGCGAAAUUUCGUAAGCAGGAGCGCUUAGCGCAACAGAAAGCAGGCGAGGCUCCAGUUAAAGCCGAAGGCAAGCGUGAUAAACCCACGUCUCCCGCGCCAUCGCCGCACCCUAUACCGCCUGCGCCCGCGCCGCAGCCCGCGCAUCAUGCACUCCCGCACCUCUCCCCGCCCGAUCUCAAACCCAUCACCAAUGCAGGUAACAAAUUGUGUGACGAGAUCAAUGGAGUUGAUGGGGGUGGAGGAGUGGGCGCGCCGCCUGUGAGCGGAGCUGGUGGCAAGUGGGCCGGUGGGUGCGGCCUGCUGCGUCAAACCUCAGGGUUUCCACUGUUGGGAGUAGCCCCUCCUAACUAUCUGCUCUCCGACCACCUCGGGACCUUGGCCAAAACGAACAAUCACCUUUUCUAAUGGGUGUAGCUGUCGCCUUGAGUCACCGGUGUAACUGCACGCCGAGUCUCCAGCGACCAAAACACGCGUUAAACCUCAUGUCCUUACAACACAUUUUUAGUGCUCGCGCGAGACCUAAUCAGUCAUUCGAGUUAAACGAACAUUCCAAGUUGCAUUCCAGAAAGUGAGUGUGUUCCCUAAACGAGACUGCAAUGUGACUAAAACGAGUGAAGAAAGAUUAAAGUGCCAAAUGUUUGUGUCCAUUAAAAUAUCGCAAUAACAAACUUUUAAAGAAUGUUUUAGAUGUAUUUAUUGUACAAACGUGCGUUACAUUUCGUACAAGGUUGUACUUAUUAAAAUUGUUAAAAUAAGACGAUGGUAGAUAUUAAUAAUAGAGGUUAUAAUCAAAUACGUGUGAUAAUGUUUGUAAAUAAACAUUCCAUGAAAUUGUAUACGUCUACCCAAGUAUACUCGUUUAGAUUCUUAAAUUGAGAGUGAAAGCUUAACGUGCUAUAAUUGAAAUAAAAAUAUAAUACAUUUUCGGGACGAUGUGUUUUUGAAUUGUACAAAUUAUCUUCAAUAGCAUUAUAAGUUUUUUGUUACGUGUCGUACGUAGUCUCCUGGUUUGUUACGCAACGAAAAUACUUAUUUCUUUUCAGUUUAGUAAGCAUAGUUUUGUUUUGUGUACUUAAAGCUAUUUCUUGAAUUAGAGAAUUUGAAAUACGACUUCUUCUAUGCGCUACUAUUUUGAUGGUGCACGUGUAGAGUGGGACAGUGAUGUAAAUAUGUAUCAAAUUAAAUUGUAAAUAAACAUAGUGAUGUACCCUGAGUGUAUGUAAAAUUACGAGGAAUUUGUGAGGGGUGUUUUAAUAAAGAGCGUAUUACAGUGUCUUUUUGGUUUUUAUUUCGUUGUUCUUUGUAGGGUUA